AUGGCCUCUCUUCAUACUCUCACAUACCUCAUCUUAAUUUCCACAAACCUCCAUCUCUUCGGAGCUUCCUCUUCCAACAACCAUGGCUAUCACGAUUUCGUCGAAUGCCUAAUCGAUCAAUUCCAACGCUUAAACUCUGCUACCGACACAAUAUACACCCCUCAAAACGCAACCUACGCCACUCUCCUACUUUCACAAAAUUCCGCCAGGCCUCAGCCCUUCCGCGGAGGCCCGACCUCAUCGUCACCCCAUUCCACGUGUCAGAAAUCCAAGCCUCCAUCCACUGCUCCCACAUCCUCGGCCUCCAGAUCAGAGUCAAGAGCGGCGGCCGACUACGAGGCCUCUCCUACGCCUCCGCGUCGGCCCCUUUGUGAUCAUCGACAUGAGAAACUUCCGAUCGGUUUCAAUCGACGAGAAGGCGAAGCCAGCGCGUGGAGGUCGAGCGCAACCCUUGGCCAGCUUUACUACGCAAUCUCCCGCACAAGCAGGACCCUCGCUUUCCCUGCCGGCGUCUGCCCCACCGUCGGCGUCGGCGGUCACUUUAGUGGCGGAGGGUACAGCAUGAUCUCACGGAAACACUCUAUCGCCGCCGAUCAUAUCGUCGACGCUACCCUCAUCAACGCAGAUGGCCAAAUCCUAAACAAAAAAGCAUGGGAGAGGAUUUGUUCUGGGCAAUCAGAGGCGGCGGAGGGACCAGCUUCGGAUCGUGUUAGAUUUCACGGUGACGCUAGUCACCGUGCGAGAACAUCACGUCUUCAACGUGACACGAACGCUGGAGGAAAACGCGACGGAGCUAGUCGAUAA